AUGACACCUCCCUUGAUUGUCGCCCUCUACCGUGUGAGAUCGCUUCGUCGUGUGAUCAUGAUCUUGGGAGCAUGUUUGAUAUCUCUGGGUGUCAUUCUGACAGCUUUGGCAACCAACAACGGCCUGGUCGCUAUCUACUUAUCAAUAGCCGGUAUUGGACAUUGCAUGCUAACACUAUCUUUAACACUCGCCUUGGACCAACUCGCAAGCAACCAGAACUUCAACCUAUUGUAUGGUGUGGGUAUGAGCGGGUUCGGCCUUGGCAUGGUUCUUCUACCAAUCCUGGCUGAUGUCUUAGGUCAAGUUUACGGUUGGAGAGGCGGUGUUCUUAUCCUAGGUGGCCUAAUGGCCAACCUAGUCCCUUUAGCCAUGACCAUUCAGGUAGAACCAGCCUCGGGUCAGGACCGAACAACGGGUCGAAGUGCAAACAUUGAUACUUUCGAGGAAAGUGGUCCAUCUGAAGAAAGAUUCUGCAACGAUCGCCCGACCGAGGAGGAAGAUACAACACUGUUAAGCCUCGAAAGCAGUCCUGGCACAUCAUCUUAUCAACCUGAGCAUCAGUUGCUUGAUGAUGACCCGUCUAUGGAAUCUACAGCAGUCGACAAGAUCCUGAAGGAAUCUCAAGAACAAGACGCUAGUUCCAGGUCGAUCCUUGAUAGUAUUCGUGAUAGUAUACGCCGGUCCGAUUUCUACAGGGACCCAAUAUUUAACGUCAUGUUUGUAUCAACUUUCAUUUACGGUGUGCUCUACUGUGGCUGGCAUGCUUUUCUGGUGCCCCAUGCCAUUCUGAGAGGGUACUCCAUCCGUGCUACCAUCUUGAUGACUUUAUUUGCCUCGGUAGGAAAUUUUCUCGGAAGACUCUUGGCAGGCGCCCUCUCCGACCGCUUGGCGAACCCCAUCCUUCUGUUCCUCGUAGCUGCCUUGGUAAAUGCAUUUGCCAUUCUGUGUGAUGCGUUCAUUCAUCAUUACUACGUUAUGUUAGUAACGGCGUGUGUAUCUGCUCUCAGCAUCGCUGGAAUGUCUGUGCUGGGACCACUGGCAGUGAGGAAAAGAGCAUCUCCUGCAAACUUCGACGUUGCAUAUGCAGUUAAUGACCAAUUCUUCGGCCUUGGAACCUUCCUUGGAGGCUACCUAUCAGGUCUCAUCGCUGGAAUGUUUUCAUCCUACAAUGCCACUUUCAAAUUUCUAGCCGCUGUAGACAUCUUGGUUUUUUCACUGAUGCUCCCGGUUUUACUAAUAAAGAAACCCGUUAACGUGUGA